AGAGGAACCAGCUGUGCUCUGCAUGACCAAACACUCACUGUUGUUCUUGUUUCCCUUUCCAAAGUUCAGUUUUGCUUUCUGUGAAAUAACAUCCAGCUCAGGGAACAGAAGGUCAAACAGCGUGACGGGAACCAAACUUUGGGGGGAUCUGACUUGUAUUACAAGAUGGAGAUCGUGAGAGCCUGGAGCUUGCUGGGAAUGGUCUGUCUCCUUGCGACUGUUAGGGGCCAGGUACCAACAGAAAAGCUUUCUGAUAUACAGAACAAGGCACUGACCCUUCUGACGGAGGAUUUCCAUAAUAUAGAGAAUAUCUACUUGCGCUUCCAAGUGAUCUCUGUACUGCAGGCAGCAGAGGAGACGUUUCCAGGAGGAAUAUUUGUGAGCUUACAUGUCAGGAAGAAGCAAACUAACUGUGUCAAGACGGAAUUGAAAAGUAAAGACUGUAGAGUCAUAAAAGCAGGGAGGGUUUUCAACUGCUUCUCCUGCUUUAAGUUUGAGCACGGCAGCCUCAAGCUCCUAGCCAAGGCCAUUGACUGUGUGCCCGACCGUCAGGUGAACCAGGAAUUGGAGCAGAAGCGGCGCCAGAGAUGCAGAGCGGUGGAGCAUAAGAAUGAGACUGGGCUCAAGUUGCCUGGAUCGUUGAGCUUCGUGAAAGAUCAGUGAUCUGGGCUCCAUUAUAGGGACAAGAACUGUCUCAGUGAUGUUACUCAGCAGCUUCCUAUUGCCUGAAAUGCACCUCAGCUAAUGGACAGACUAGAGAUUUAGGGGGGGCGUCUGUUCUCAGCUGAUAUUGAUUUCAACUAAAAACAAUCUGUGAUACUGUAAAUCGAUUUUAUUUUCUAAACUAAUUUCAUUUCAGAAAAUAAAUGAUGUGAAAAAUG